AUGAGAAGAACCACAUUAUAAUCAGAGUUGAAGUUGAAUAAGAAAAAAAUGUUCAAUAAAGAAAAUAUACCAUAACCAGCCAAAACUGGAAGAAAGCAUUUCGAAGAUAGCUAAUGCUAAUAACCAUAGAGAUAAAAUGAGGAGAAUCCAUAAAUUAAAAAAACUAUAAUGUUGUUCCCUGAAAAAAAAAAUAUUACUAAUUAUGAUAAUGUAAUUGAACGUAAGCCUUCAAUUAGAAUAUUUUAAUAACAAACAACAAAUUAAAAUUUUAGACUCUGUGAUAAAUAAUCCUAAAUAACAACUAGUUCUACUAAGUUCUAACCACUUCGAAGUAAUUCAGCCAACAUUUACUCUAUUUUUAAUAAUGAUAGAGUAAAAAACUAGAAAAAAUUUUGA